CUUUAUGACUUGAUUGUGCUUAAGAGUGAGGACCAGACUGGACUCGUGGAGGCCUCCUGAUCAGUGCUGACACCUUGAGCUACGUCUCAGGUUUCCGAAGUUUAGCAAUGGAGUCUUUCCCUGAUGAGACCAAUUCAACUGACACACACUCACAGCCCUGGAAUGAACCCCAAAUAAUCCUGUCCAUGGUCAUUCUCAGCCUUACUUUCUUAUUGGGAUUGCCAGGCAAUGGGCUGGUGCUGUGGGUGGCUGGCCUAAAGAUGAAGAGGACAGUGAACACAGUUUGGUUUCUCCAUCUCACGCUGGCAGACUUUCUCUGCUGCCUCUCCUUACCCUUCUCCCUGGUCCACUUGGCUCUCGGAGGACACUGGCCCUAUGGUUGGCUCCUCUGCAAGCUCCUUCCCGCUAUCAUCAUCCUCAACAUGUUUGCCAGCGUCUUCCUGCUGACUGCCAUUAGCCUGGACCGUUGUCUUUUGGUACUCAAGCCCAUCUGGUGCCAGAAUCGCCGCAGUGUGAGGACAGCCUCCGCUGUCUGUGGAUGUAUCUGGGUGGUGGCUUUUGUAAUGUGUACGCCUGUGUUCAUGUACCGGAAAGUGUUCACUGUAGCAGACUAUAAUACCUGUCGCUACUAUUAUGGUGUCGAUAGCUCAUUAGAUUUUUCAGACUUCCUCUUUGAUCGACUGGAAAAUGAGUCUCUUGACAGCCCCAUUGUUCAGUUGCCUAGAGAAAUGGAUGACAGGGUAGAUGCCUUCUCUUUACAAACAAAUGAUCAUCCUUGGACAGCUACCAAUCUCCUCCAUUCUGAAACAUUUCAAAGACCUCCUGGAGAUUCCCUCCCUGUGGAUUCAAUUAGAUUAUCUAAUCAACAGCCAUAUUAUAAUUUCCUUAGACCUGAUGAUGAGGCCUCACCUACAAUCCCCAUUGACAUUCCCAUUGAAGAUCACAGAUUUAACCCACCGGAUGACUCUGAUGCUUUCCUCUUUACUGAUUUAGAGCGUUCCUCUAGUGCCUCUAGCAACGCCUUAUACAUGACUGAGCCAUCACAAGAUUUCCAGGACUAUGCUGAAGGCUUCUUUGAAUUUGACAAUCAAGUUCCAACACCUCUGGUGAUAAUAACCAUCACUAGGCUAGUGAUGGGUUUCCUGCUGCCCGUUGUUAUCAUGAUGACCUGUUAUAGCCUCAUUAUCUUCCGAAUGAGACGGAGCCGCUUCACCAAAUCUCGGGGCAAAACCUUCCAAGUGACCAUAGUGGUGGUAGUUGUCUUCCUUGUCUGCUGGGCCCCAUACCACAUUUUUGGAGUCCUCUUUUUGUUUAUUGACACAAACACUCCCUUUGGGGCAACUCUGCUAUCCUGGGAUCAUGUGUCCAUUGCUCUAGCAUCUGCCAAUAGUUGCUUCAAUCCCUUCCUCUAUGCCCUCAUGGGGAAAGAUUUUAGGAAGAAAGCAAGGCGGUCCAUGCAGGGCAUUCUGGAGGCAGCUUUCAGUGAGGAGCACACACAUUCUACCAGUUGUACCCAAAGCAAAGGCUUUCGGAAAGAAGCAGUAGCAGUAGAGCUGUGUGAGAAUAUAGAGCAUUUGACCCAAACGCUUGAGCCAAGCGGAGCUUCUUAGCUAUUCGCCAAGUGUGACAUGUUUCUAAAAGAACAAGGGACAUGGUGAGCAGGGAUUUCAGAAAAUAUCAAAGACUCGAUCUAGAGGGCUUCAAAGUAUGGUCCCAGGCUAGUGACAUCAGCAUCACUUGGAAACUGUCCAGUCCAACCAGACUUGAAAACAAGCUCUCUUGUUUCUGAUGAAUGUUAUAUUUGAGAGAGAGUGCACAAAUUAGUCUAUUUCUAUCUCAAACUAAGCCACCUUAGAUAAAUGAGAAUCUAGUUUUUUGUAAAAUAAUGUUUCUUUCCAUUCUUAAAUUUUCUAUUUAGUAUACCUAAGUUCCCUUCCAGAUUCAUUUUAAUACCAAUUCUUCUGGCUCUGAGUGAGAGAUGAUCAUUUAUUCUUUGGCUUUAUUGUUGUACCAUUGGUGGUGGUGAGGAUGGUUUUAAAUAAAGAGAAGGUGCGGGUGGGGGGAGGUAGUAAUGGGUAAAGGGGCCAAAUAUGGUGAC